AUGUCUGCGGCGACCUCGCGGCGGCCCCCGGCGCAGCCGGCCGGGCCCGGGCGGCGGGAGCCGGCGGCGGCGGCGGCGGCGGCGGCGCGCGGAGGCCGCGGCGCGCGCCGCCGCCUGCCCGCCCGGCCUGCGCGCGCGCCCAGCCCCGCCCGCCCGGAGCGCUUCCCCCGCCGGCCCCCCGCUCCCCCCAGCCCGCCCGGAGCGCAGCCCCCCUGCACGCCCCCCGCCGUCCGGAGCGCGCCCCCCGCCCCCUGCGCGCGCGCCCAGUCCCGCCCGCCCGGAGCGCACCCCCCUCCGCCCCCCCCCGCCCCCUGCGCGCCCCCCUCCGCCGUCCGGAGCGCGCCCCCCUCCCCCGCGCCGCCAGCCCCGCCGCCGAGUUGCAGCCCCGACCCCACGGACGGCCAGCGGGGGAACCCCCGGGAAGGGGGGCUGGGGGGCGGCGCCCCGGCUUCUGGGAGCACCAGGCUGGGGACCAGGCGCGGCGAGCUGGAUCCACUCCCGGAGGCGCUUCCCCAGGCCACCCAGGCGGCACAAGUGGCCCCUGGGCCAGGGGCGCUGACGGGAGGGCCCAGCCGGCAGCUCAGCGACAGACACAACCCUGGACGAGAGGGGGGCCCUCCUGCCUCGGGCAUCGCUGCCACCUGCGUGGCCUCCAGCCUGCCUCCCCAGCCCCCUUCUGGGCUUCACUUUCCUCUCUGUGCGAUGGGCACCCAACACGACCAGACCGCCUCCCCCUGGACAACCAAGGGCUAG